UCAGCUACAUCGGUCUCCACCUUAUCCCCUCCAUCACCAACCCCAAAACAGGAGUCCCCGAACCCUCCGAUCAAUCUCCCAAAUCUUCCUGAAACCAUCAUCAAAUCCAUUCCAUUGAUUCAUCAAUCAACCAAUCCUCUCCCCCCACCACACCCAAAUGGAGAACAACCAGCAGGCCCAGUCCUCAUACCCUCCGCAACCCCCAACUGCAGCUGCACCAGCAGGACCACCAGCUCCACCACCACAACCUGCUGCAGCCGCUCCCUUUCACCACCUUCUGCAGCAGCAGCAACAGCAGCUGCAGAUGUUCUGGUCCUACCAGCGUCAGGAGAUCGAGCAGGUUAACGACUUCAAGAACCACCAGCUUCCCUUGGCUCGAAUCAAGAAGAUCAUGAAAGCCGACGAAGAUGUCCGCAUGAUCUCCGCCGAGGCUCCUAUCCUCUUCGCCAAGGCCUGCGAGCUCUUCAUCCUUGAACUCACUAUCCGCUCCUGGCUUCACGCCGAGGAGAACAAGCGCCGUACUCUCCAGAAGAACGACAUCGCCGCCGCUAUUACUAGGACCGACAUCUUUGAUUUUCUCGUCGAUAUUGUUCCCAGGGACGAGGCUGCAGGUCUCGGUGGGAUGGUCGGGGCUACUGCUAGCGGCGUGCCCUAUUAUUACCCGCCUAUGGGCCAGCCCGCCGGGGCUGCUGGCCCGGGUGGGAUGAUGAUUGGAAGACCCGCCGUGGACCCGACCGGUGUCUACGUUCAACCUCCUUCACAGGCCUGGCAGAGCGUCUGGCAGACGGCGGCCACUGCGGAUGAUGGAUCCUAUGGUAGCGGAGGGAGCACUGGCCUAGGCAAUCUCGAUGGCCAAGGUUAAAGCAACUAGUUCCAUCAAAUGAUUCAGCACUCAGUGGUGCAGCAGAAGGGGAGUGGAGCUUCGCUGAUGCUACCAGGAAUUUUGCUUUUAUGAACGAAUUUGUAUGCCUUUAAUGUAAUGACUAGACGAGAAACUUGUUAAUCAUUUAACAUGAACUGGCAGCAGGAGAAUGUUGCUGCUUUUACUUACCUAAUCAUAUUGAAUGUGCAGUUCUGAGAUUUGUAUGU